AUGGACGCCAUCUCGAAGCCCAAGAAGGGCCUUGGCAGCUCCAUAUGGGCCACACGAGGCAAAUCCCAAUACUAUACGCCCUCCCAACCCUCAUAUAAAUCCCAGCCAAAACAAUCCGUUUCAUCGGUCAUCACGCCCGCGACACCGCGACCGCCUUCCCCGACCAAGAAUGGCGCUGGAGUCCGUCCCGCUGCAAACACGCCCAUGAACGCACACACGCCCGGCCCGACCUCCGCACCCGGACUCACACCCAACGGAAACGGGAAUGCCACCUCCCGAACGGGCCCCUCGGCGCAGCAGGAGUUCAAGAGGUACAUCCAGAUUGUCCGGCGGCUCAAGUGGAAGCUGCCGUACCUGAGCCACGGGUACCACCACGCCAUAGCACGGCCUGGGUCCCCGCUGUACGGGGGCGAGACGGACGCCGAGGAGGCGGAGCUCAUGUUCAAGCUCGACUUUUACGAGUAUUACAUGCUGUUGGAGCGGGCGCUGGUGCAUUUGAUGGGGGUGUUUGGGAUUACGAUUUCGAGGGACGGGUGGGUUACCGCGAGGCAAACUUAUGGGAAUGGGAAUGGGGCGACUGGGGCUUCACAGCAACAGGCGACGCAUACGUAUCACCAGAAUGUGAUUGCUGCGCUGGAGAAGGAGGACAAUCCGCUUCACGAGGCGUUGGGCAGCGGGGAGGUGCUGUUUCACUUGUCGAGGGCCAAGGAGUUGCGGAAUCGGUGGAAGUAUGCCGAGGAGGGCGACGGAAAGGCGGGGAGGAGCAGCGUCGCGGGGAGGGAGAGGGCGGGGACGGCGCCGCUGGAGAGCUAUGACCUCGACAGGAUUUUUAGGUACAUUUUUGCCGGGUUCGAUGCCGGUUACGCGGUUGCUGAGAGGUGGGUACAGGCGGAGAUGGAGGCUGGUGCCGGUGGUGAUGGUGAUAGAGGGGGAGAAGGGAUUGUUGAGAUGGAGGAGGACGAGUUUGAUUUCAUGGUUGAGGCUAUGGAUUGGGAGGCUGUUUAG